GCAACCAUGUUCUAUAUCAUUGGCCUUGGUCUUUGCGAUGAAAAAGACAUCACUGUGCGCGGGCUUGAAGCUGUUAAGGCCGCAGAACGUGUCUAUCUCGAGGCAUAUACCAGCAUUCUGAUGGUCCAAAAAGAGCGUUUGGAAGCAUUCUAUGGAAAACAGCUCAUCCUCGCCGAUCGGGACAUGGUUGAAACACAAAGCGACGAAAUCUUGAGCAGGGCUGACGAGGUGGAUGUUGCCUUACUCGUUGUUGGUGACCCGCUUGGAGCUACAACCCAUACCGACAUCAUCCUCCGUGCCCGCGCUCUUGGGAUACCAACACGAGUCAUUCACAAUGCAUCCAUCAUGAAUGCCGUCGGCGCUGCGGGUCUGCAACUCUACCAGUUCGGCCAGACAGUUUCACUCGUGUUCUUCACCGAAACAUGGAAACCCGACAGUUUCUACGAUCGCAUCAAGGAAAAUGCUCAGUUGGGUCUCCACACGUUGGUUUUGCUGGACAUCAAGGUCAAGGAGCAAAGCGACGAGAACUUGGCACGUGGCCGCAAAAUCUACGAACCACCGCGCUACAUGUCCAUUCCAGUCGCCGUUAAACAACUCCUCGAAAUCGAGUCAAUCCGACAGGAGGGCAUUCUCUCCGCCGAAACCACACUCGCCGUCGCACUAUCUCGUGUUGGUGGGGGAGACGAGCAGCGCAUAGUGGCAGGGACACUCGCUGACCUUGCUGUCCAGCCGGAAGACGUCUUUGGCCAGCCUCUACACAGUCUGGUCAUCGUCGGCAAGCGACUGCAUCAUCUGGAGGUCGAAUACGCAGAGACUUUUGCCGUAGACCGCGAGCGAUGGCGGAGCGUCGCGAGUGGUGUUUAUGGAUGUGCAUUAGACUAA